AUGGAGGAUAUUCUGAAGGCCCUGCCAGCCGAUGGCGCGUCAGUCAUGGCCAACGUUGCGCCGCAUCUGAGCCGUCACCUGCUCUUCCCGCUCAUCCAGUUCGAGGGCGACCAGGCCGAGGAGAAGGGCGAUUCCGAGCUGGCCAAGAAGAUUCUGUCGGGCAAGAUCAAGCUGCUGGAGGACACCAACAUGACCGACUACGUGGCCACGCUGUACCAAGAUCUCCACGGCGUUUCUGAGCCGCCCGCCGAGUACACCAAGAAGCGACAGGAUGUGCUGACGCAGCUGGACAAGUACGAGAAGGAGACGGAGCAGAUUGCGAACCUCUUGACGCAGGACGAGGUCGUCAAUGGCCUUCGAAGCGACAAAGUGGCCAACUUGGAGUUUCUCAAGAACCAGCACGGAGUUACCCUCGAAAUGGUGAAUGCUCUGUACGAUUUCGGACAGUUCCAGUUCCGAUGCGGCCAAUAUGGCCCUGCCGCCGAUAUGCUCUACCAGUUCCGCGUUCUCUCCACCGACAACGACAAGGUUGCCGCUGCAACCUGGGGAAAGCUUGCUUCCGAAAUCCUGUCCACAAACUGGGAGUCUGCCGUUGACGAGCUUAAGAAUGUUCGUGAGGGCAUCGACACCAGACUCUUCAACAACCCCAGAGCUCAGCUUGACCACCGGACUAUGCUUAUCCACUGGUCCCUCUUCCCCCUGUUCAACUUCGAGGGUGCCCGCGAGCCCAUUCUGGACAUGUUCUUCUCUGCCUCCUACAUCAACACCAUUCAGACCUCUUGCCCCUGGAUUCUGCGGUACCUGAUUGCUGCCGUCAUCACCGGCCGCACACGUGCUCGCAACAGCUCUGUCCAGCAGAAGCAGCUCAAGGACAUUGUUCGCUAUGUCCGACAGGAGGCCUACGAGUACGCCGACCCCAUCACCCAGUUCGUCAACGCCCUUUACAUUGCCCACGACUUCGAUGCCGCUCGUGAGGCCCUCCGCCUGUCAGAGGAAGUGUGCCGAAGCGACUUCUUCCUGGCUGCAUCCACCGAUGCGUUUGUCAACGCCGCCCGACACCUCAUUUGCGAGAGCUACUGCAAGAUCUUCAGCCGCAUGAACAUUAGGGAUCUGAGCGCCAAGCUUGGCCUGAACCCUGAUGAUGGCGAGAAGUGGAUCGUCAACCUGAUUCGUGAGACCCGCCUGGAUGCCAAGAUUGACAGCCAGGAUGGCACCGUCAUCAUGAACCACCCGCCCAACAACGUUUACCAGCAGGUCAUCGAGAAGACCAAGGGUGGAUUCUUCAGAACGCAAGUCCUGAACGCUGCUGUUUCCAAAUAA